AUGAUCCAAAAAUUUGAGGUUAUGAUCCACAAUUUUAAGGUUAUGAUCCACAAUUUUGAGGUUAUGAUCCAGAAUUUUGAGGUUAUGAUCCAGAAUUUUGAGGUUAUGAUUCAGAAUUUUAAGGUUAUGGGCCACAAUUUUGAGGUUAUAAUCCAUAAUUUUGAGGUUAUGAUCCAGAAUUUUAAGGUUAUGAGCCACAAUUUUGAGGUUAUGUGUCCCAAUUUUGAGGCUUAA